AUGUCGGCCGCCGAGUAUUACAACACCGGCCCCGGCUCCGGUUAUCAGCAGCAACCGCCAGCACCCCAACAGCAAUAUGCGCCUCCCCAUGGUUACCCGCAAUAUCCCCAACAUCCUCAGCCGUCCCAUGGACCCCCUCCCCAGGCUUACUACCCUCCCCAACAACCCAUGCAGAUGCCCGCCCAGCCUCAACACGCAGCAAAGAAGCCUGCACGUGGAGGUGGCAACUGCUUGACUGCCUGUCUGGCGGCUAUAUGCUGUUGCUGCGUCGUGGACGAGGCCUGCGAGUGCUGGUGA